UCUUCAGGUAUCUCAAUGCCAGUACCUGUGCUUGGACUACAAGAUGAUUCCAAAGUGUUCAAGAAAGGUAGCUGCCUGCUGGCUGAUGAGAGCUUUGUCUUGAUAGGCUCUUUUGUGGCAUUCUUCAUUCCUUUAACCAUCAUGGUGGUCACCUAUUUUUUAACUAUAAAAUCACUUCAGAAAGAAGCUACCUUAUGCAUUAAUGACCUUGGCACAAAGACCAAGUUUGCUUCAUUUAGUUUUCUCCCUCAAAGUUCUCUGUCAUCGGAGAAACUCUUUCAACGCUCUUUGAACAGAGAGCUGGGGAAUUCAGGAAGGAGGACUAUGCAGUCAAUCAGUAAUGAACAAAAAGCUUCCAAGGUUCUUGGUAUCGUCUUCUUUCUGUUUGUUGUGAUGUGGUGCCCGUUUUUCAUCACCAAUGUGAUGGCAGUCAUUUGCAAGAAAUCCUGCAAUGAAGAAGUAAUUGGAGGACUGCUUAAUGUAUUUGUCUGGAUUGGCUACCUUUCUUCGGCUGUCAACCCAUUAGUAUACACACUGUUCAAUAAAACCUACCGUUCUGCUUUCUCACGUUAUAUUCAGUGUCGAUACAAGGAGGAGAAGAAGCCUUUACAGCUGAUUUUAGUGAACACCAUACCUGCUUUAGCAUAUAACUCCAGCCAACUCCAGCUAGCACAAAUGAAGAGUUUAAAAAAAGAGGCUAAAAUGAUGGCCAAGGAUUAUUCUAUGGUUACAAUCGGAAUACAUCCUUUAGAUAGUACCUCAAAGGGCAGUAUUAGCCCAGUCAGUGAAAAGGUUAGUUGUGUGUGACUCUGCUAGCCUGUCAACAGCUGCCAUGGCAACCAAUGGUAUGUACUCAGAAAACUUCAUCUAACUCUGAGAAGCUUUGAUAGCUUAGGAAAAUUAGCCCUGUCUAAGAGAACUUCAAUAGCAUUACAUACUCAUGUUAUCCAGUUGAUGACGAACAGGGUUAAAAUGCUAUCAAAUGUGCAUUUUUUUCAUACAGUAUUUCAGCUGUUUUAAGCACAGGCUUUAUUAAACUUAUUUUUUUAGUAUCCUAAAUAAUAUAUUUCUUAAAGAAAAAUGCAAUUUAUUGUAUUAUUACACCAUGGGCUGUGAAGAAAUUAAUGUGUUUCUUUUCCUUCUGCAAAUGAAAACAAAGCUAUUGUUUGGUUUACUUGCUGGUUACGUUUGAAUUAAUUUGUCUUGCUACAAUGUAAUUUUAUUUUCAUUAACUGAAUGAGCACUUUACAGGAGUUUACAGGAAAAGAAAACAUCAGUUAAUUUAUGGAUAUAUAUUUAAAAUAAAAAUUAAAGAAAAUGCUAUGAAAACCUGUAUAGAUCAACUAUGUGAAAAUUUUGGUGUUUUUAUGGAUAUUUUUCCUUUCCAAUUACAAUUCCGGAAUGUUGUUGGGUUUUCUGACAUUUGUUCUGUACUUCAAGUUAGUUCUCUUCAAAAGUAAAUUAAAUUUGAAUGUUCCUUUGUCACUACAAACAUUAUUGAGCUCUAUUUUCUAUUUCAUUUUACCCCUAUUCUGAAUGUUUCACGUGCACUGGUUUAGACUUUAAAAUAUACUGUUACAAAAAACCUCUAUUGAGCUUGGUUCUCUACUACAUUAUACUGAUUUUACAACAGUGUAAGUGAGGUAACAGGGUGGAAAAUCAGGCCCAAUACUGCUAAAUAAUUUCAGGCUUAAUCCUGUUGACAUUUCUCUUUACAGCUCCCAUAGGUUUCAAAUAGAAUUAAUUUCAAUGGGAGUUCUGCAUGAGUAAGGAGUGGGCUUUAAUAGAAUAUCUUUCCACAUUUUUGCUUGAUUAGAAAGGACAUUAUUAUGGUAUUUUCCUUGUUUUGUUUUAAUGUUUCUAUACUGAGAAUAAUUAGAAGACUGAAAAAGAAGUGUUGUUUUUUCUUACUAGAAUUUGGUUUUCCUCCAUCACAUAUACAUAUAGUUUGCUGCUGUUAGCGGGUUGCUCAGGAAUGCUGGGCUGAUUGCAUUAUUUGGCUACAAUCUUAAUGAGGGAUGCCUGGGCAGAUCCUUACAUUUUGUGGAGGCCCACUGAAAAUAAUGAGAUUGUGCAAAUGGUGUAGGGUUCUACCUGCACAGAUUAAUGGCAGGAUAGUUAGAUUAUUUAAAAAAGCAUCAAAUAUUUUACUUUGAUAAAAAGGCCUAAUCAUGCAAACAUUUACUACUAGGUAUAGCAUAUAUUUCCAUUGAACCCAAGAGGAUUCUGUGUGGGAGUAAAAUUAUAGCUGUUGCUACUAUCUGGAAGAUUGCAUCCAAAUAUUAGACACUUACAUGGACUUUACAAACAGGUAUAAGAAAAGCAAGGUAAAGUCCAGUUUUAGAGCCUAUCAACUGAAAAUAAAGGGUCACUAUUUGGUCAAAAGUUAUGAGCCAAACCCUACUGUCUUCAUGAAGUCACUGAGUUUCACCAGUAUAAGGAGUGAGUAAAUACUGAGUGAGGAAUUUAGCAUUUGGCCCCAAACCAAAUUCCCUUAGAUGAUGACAAAUGAAACAAUGUUAAAAAUCGAAUUUAGUGCCUAUUGCGGCCUUGCACCACCUGCACAAUGGAUGAGUCAUAGGAGCCUUCCCUGGUGCAAAGAACAAGUCACGUUUCAGUCUGCACUGACUUCAGUGCAAUCAUUACUCACCACUAGUGCAUACCUAGGAGAUCUGAGAGCCAUGGUGUUUACCUGAACCACAAUAUUUUCUGAAGCUCCUGAGUGGGCGAGUGCUUCUGCAUACAAUCUCCACCACUGGGCUGUGCUUUACAGACAUAACUGAGCAUUUAAUUUCCACUGAUUAUACUGUUUAUUUAUUUUCUGCAUUUUAUUCAGCUUGGCCAACAAAAGCAGACUCCCAAUUUCUAGAAAAUUUCAUUUUCUGUCUCUAACAACACUAGUACAAUGUUGCAUUGCUCAGGUUGCAAACUGAAGGGAAAUGUUGCAGUCUAAACAAGUGAUUUUAAUUAAUUGUUUUACAUUUCAUUAAAGGAUGCCUAUUAAUAUACGAUUCUUUAAAACGUAUUAAAAUAAAAUCUAUAUUUUAGACCUAUGCUACCUGACAGUGUCCUUUUUAUUAAUUAAUAUAGGUAAUAGAGAAUUUACUUUUCCAUUGGAAAGCAAUGUACAAGACAUGGAGAUUUAUAUACACACACUCACAUGAUUUUUAAUGUCAUUAGCUCUCAGAUAGUUGUUUAUGCAGGGAGAACAACAGCUUUAGUCCAAGAAGCCUCUUCAAACAAAGAUGAUGGAAUGCAUAACAGACAAAGAUGAAUGUCUCUGGCUCUUCAUAAAUAUCUUUGACAAUUUGAUUGCUACAGUACCUGAUCCUGCAGCCUUACUCUGGCAACAUUCCCAUAGACUUCAAUGAGCUUUGCCUGAAUAAGGACAACAGUCCCCUACUUUUUAGUAAUAGAUUUGCGAGACAGUUAAUAAAUAGAUAUCAACUAAGAGAUAAAUGUUAUUGUUGGUAGACAUCAGGGUUUAGCAAUUUCAAGACCACAAUUUAUAGCGCCGUGCUGAUAUCUAGGCACUGUUUGAACUGAAAUACCAUACUGCUUACUAAGGCUGGUGGGGAAAAGUUAUUCCACUUCAUGAAAAAAAUUGAGAUUUUGACAUUUGUUUUGGUUCCACAUCAGAGAAAAACGAGACCUUGUGACAUCAGACCUUGUGACAUUUUUCUUGAAAAAAAAUGAGAGCUACCACCCCAGGUUAACUCAACUGUUAGGGCUCGCACCUGGGAUGUGGGAGACCCAAUUUCCAGCCUCUGUGCUCUGAAUCAGCAGGCUGUUGGCUAUUCUUGGGUGGGGUCUCUCUCUCUCUCUCUCUCUUCCACCCUGGAUCUGAGAAACAUUUACAAUCUAACAGCAUUUUUGAUGGAAAAAAAACUUUCAUCUAAAAUCUUUCAACCAGCCUCUGCUGUUUAAUAACUUUUCAACAGCAUCUGAAAAAUGUUCAGUGACUUCAAGCUUCUGUCAUAGAAUAUUUCCUUAGUUUGUGGCUACUGUGCACAUUUUUAUAUACAGUAGGGCAAAAAAAUCCUCCAUUUCUAUCCCAUUCAUGCAAUCAUGUACUGUAUGUAUGUAAUCGGUGCCUAACGGUAAGAUGCAUUCUAUUUUGAAUACAUAACAAAUAUGUUUAUGUAAAUACACAAAAGAGAAAAAUGUUUGUUGUAUUUUGAAAACUUUAAAUGUGAAAUUGUGCUCUAAUGUUUAAUUGUUUUCUUAAAUCCCAUGGCUAGCCAAGCAGAUUAAAGCACUCAAAUGCCAUCAGUUCUUUUAUAAAUUGGAAGUUUGUCUUUAGUUAUUGGGGGGGUUUGUUUGUUUUGGUAAAUAUUAGGAGAACUAUAUUAGCUGAAGGCUAAAAAAAAUAUUAAAGUGUCUUGUUAGAGUCAGACAAAGCAGAAUAGCACCUUAAGGAACGUUAUGACUUAAUAAACACAUGGAAAUUAUGAUCAUUCUACCUUUCCACUGAAUGUAUUUCUCUACAACAAAAAUGUAUUUUCUUUGGAUAGGCGAUAUAUAUCUGACCGUAAAUAUUUCAGUUCCAGCAACAGGCUACUUACAAUAUUAAUCAGCCUAUCAAACUCAUUUGACUCAGGGGAGUGUUAGUAAGAUUACUAAGUGCCAUAAUAAACUACAAUAUAAGGGCAGUUCACAUAUACAUACAUUUUACUUAAACUGCAUGACCACAGCGCCAUCUCUUGGUAGUUUUUUAAAGUGAAUAUUAUCAUAAGAAGAAAUCAAAAUGUGUUGUGUCAUUUAAUGCUUUUUUUCCUGCCAUUUGCAUAAAAUAAGCAACU